AUGGAUCCACAUCUAAACUACAACUUCAAUUAUGGUGAUAGCUAUGGCUCUGGCGCCGAUCCAACCAACGAUCCAACCAACCACUAUGGAUGGGCGAGUCAAUGGUCUCAACCGGCGUCGGCGGCAUCUCAGGCGACUAGUGGACAGUAUCCACAAUACGUAAGCCCACAACAGCAACAACAGCAACAGGCUCAACAACAGGCCCAACAAACGUAUGCCGCUUUGAAUCCGUUGUCGACUUUCAUGCAACAACAACAGAAGCCACAGUUUCAGCAGCAAAAGAAGUACGGCCAAGGCGGAAACGGUAAUGCCCCAAAACCAGUAGGAGCGCAUCGCAACACUCCUCAUUUUGGUGCAUUCAAUAGUGGAAGCGUGGGAGGUGGUCGUGGCGGUCCAGCGGCUGGAAGUGGAAGUUUUCUAUCGCAAGAAUGGGUACAACCGAUGUCAUCACAAAACAUGAUGGGUGUCAACCCCGUUCUCCGCACAUUUCCAUCGAAGGGCGGCUCAUUCAAUCAAAAUAAUAAACCAAACUGGAGGCAAAACAAGCAACAACAAAAGAACUCGUUGGGUCCCAAGAAAUUCGACACGACUGGAAAGACACCGGCGAUGGUACUCCACGAGGUGUUCAAGAGUGUUAGCGAGGAGUUCACCGAAGUGGAGAACGCUGUUCCAAAGCGUUACCGUUGCACUCUAACAGUCGAUGGACGUCAAUUCCAGAUGGAGUCGGCCAACAAGAAAGCGGCGAAGCAGAAGUGUGCUGAAAUCGUUGUUCGUGAGCUCCGUCCGGAUCUCCACGUGACUCCAUUCGAGGAGGGUGUCACUGCCAAAGCGGUUCCGGUUAAGCCGCAGAACGCUGGCGGUGCUGCCGGUCCGGUCGCUUCUGGAGGGAAUGGAACACCGAAUAAGAGAAAUGCCGACGAGAUGAUGAAUCAACCAGCGCAAAAGAAGGGAUCUGGAAAUUCAGCUGCUGCAAAGAAGCCGAAGCUUUCCCCAGUAGAAUCAGCUCUCUCACUGCUCGACUUCUUGCAAAAAAUGAUUGGCGAGUCAAAGGAAACCUACACUCCCGUAUUUGAAUAUUCCUUCGAGCCCCCAAGAUCCCAAGAGGAGGAGGAGCCAAAAGCUCCAGAAGUCAAACAUGAGCCAAUGGAGACUGAGGUGGUAAAGGCGGAGCCGACUGAGGAGGUUACGGAGAACCAGCCAGCUGUGGAAGCUGAACAAUCAGAUGCUAAUCAGCCAGCUACCGAGAAGAAGCCAGUGGCUGAGAAGAAGGUUCGCAAGCCCGAUGUCCAGCAGAAAGUAACGCUGAAAUUUGUGGAGCAAGGAAAAGAGUACACGAAGACUGGUGUGAAUCGUGCAGUUGUGAAGGAUAUGGUCAUUCGGGAGGCUCUUCAAGAUCUUUUCGGAGUCUCGCACAAGGAUAUAACCACAGUUGCACGCCGUCACGCAACGAAUCGUCUCGGAUCUGAUAUGAAUAUUCUUCAAUGUCUUUAUACCAUAUGCUCCGUUCUCAAUUGUACUGUUACAGUAGAGUGUGAGCCGGCCGAAGAUCGUCCAAUCGGAGAUGGACGUAUGUAUUUUAUGGGGAAAUGCUCGAUUGUUGAUCACAGUGAAGGCGGACAAACAUUCCAAACCAAAUCAGAUUCAGUCCAAUCGAAACCACUUGCCAAGGAGCAUGCUGCAAGUGAGAUGCUCAGAAAUUACUUCGAAAUCGAUCCAAAUACUUGUUGCAAGAGUGAAAAUGUCAAUGCGCAGGGGCCCUGUGCAGUUCUUCAUGCGAUGCUUAAUAAGCAGACCAAGCAGAGAACUAAAAUUGCGUAUGAGUUCAAGGAAAAUGUGCCACAGGUUGCUGGAAGUUCUGCUCAGGACUUUUACUGCGACUGUGUCAUUGACGAAAAUGAUCGUUACACCGGAAGUGGCCGUUCGAAGAAGAUCGCCAAGAAUGCAGCUGCAAUGAUGGCGCUAAAAAAGAAAUUCAAUAUCGACUUCGACCCAAAUGCCUGCUAUCCGUUGGCUCUCAGCAAUCGUGCGAUAGCCGAAUCGAAAGUCUCACCAUUUUGCAAGACGAUUGCCGAGUUUUUCAAAAGAGAAUAUCAUAAGAUGUGCAAUGAGUACUCAAUAACCCCCAGUACUCAGACUGCUUGCUUCAUAAUAUAUAAUCAUUUGGAAGCGAAGCGUCUCUUGGCUAUUGGCUCAUCUCCGAAAUUUGUUGUUGAGCCGGAUACUCUGAAUGGUGCGAAUGGAACGUCGAUACUUCAUUUGGAUCCAAUUGUUCUCGCUCGUCGUGCACUUUGUCGUAAUUUCCUCUAUGAGCUGGCUGCAAUGACAGAAGGAUCAGAAUCUGCGAUAUUCGAAAGACGAGAAGAUGGACGUUUCGCCAUGAGAUCGAAUAUGAAAUUGGCUUUGUAUUGUAACUAUUCACCAAAUUGCUUCCAUUCAACCGAUGACGCAGCUGUGAAGUCCCUUGCUAUUCUCACACCAAUGAGUCUUGCUGCCAGUCCACCAGAACUUUUAUCUCUCGAUGAGAUCAGAGCCACCAAAACGCUCCGUAUCCAAUGCACUGCGGAUAAGAUUUUCAAAUGGAACACACUCGGAGUUCAGGGCGCUCUCCUUUCGAAUAUAAUGGAACCUGUCUUCAUCACUGAUAUCUUUUUCGGAUCGUCUUAUUCAACUAACGACGAGUCUCUCAAAUUCGCGCUCUACAAUCGUUUGGGACCACAAGAGAACGAUAGAGACAUUGCUGUGGAGAGCAUUCCAGUUGACAUCAGAUGUCAACAAUCAGUUGCACAUGUUUGGGCUCGCGGAUUCAUGGAUAUCGAAGCAUUGGAUAUGAAUACGGGAAGAACGCAGAAAGGAUCACCAUCGAAGGUGUGUAAAGCGGCUAUCUUCGAGGCUUAUCGACAACUUCCGAUUCCUGAUAAAUCGAUUGUGGACUACUCGAAAGCGAAGGAGCACGCGAGCUCGUAUCAGUAUGAGAAGAAAGUCUUAUAUCAAAAGCUCGAAUCCGCUGGAUGGGGAAAAUGGCAAACGAAGCCGACUGAGCUCGCCGAUCAAUUCACUCUCGCAGCUGACGAAUUUUAG